AUGGAAUAUAUGAGCAGACCUUAUGCAAGCGGGCGCUCAGAGGUUCAUAAUAGAAAACUGGUUCACGCUCGCCAAAAGGCAGCCAGCAAACUUUAUCGAAUACUAGAAAUGAAGCUCUUUGUGGAUGCCAGACUAGUAAAAAGGUUUAGGAUAUGGCAGAUACACAUUAUAAAAGGAGGUAUAUCUAGAUUCUUGAAAAAUAUUAGGAGAACUAAUGUAAAAUAUAUGACCAGCAGGCUCAAAGUUAUUAUGAAAAUCUUAUUGAUAUUUGAGAAAUCUAAUGCUUUGGUAUUAUACUAGAUAUUUGAAUUUGUAUUCAAUAUAGAUAUUCCCUCUAUUUCAAAAAUAUUUAUUAUCAUUAAAUAAGUAUAAAUAAACCUACUAGAGAAUUUUUUUUACGGCUGGCCAAUCAUACAUCUCAGAUAAAAAUUCCAUCAUCUCUUUUACCAAAUAUAGGGGCCUGCAAAAUAAUUGCAUACUUAAACAAAAAGCAAGCAAAAGCCAGACUUACUUCGAUCUUCAAAAUAUUACCAAAUAUAACGGAAAGAAAAUCUUUGAUAAAAAUUGCAUUUAACUUGUGAAUGUCCUUGAGUUUUAACUCAUCUCCUUUUUUACACAGGCCUCUUGUGCUUACCUUGCAAAUCCUUUGUAUUAUAUUGAAUAAAAAUAAUAGACUAAAGCAAAUUGCCUGAGAUAACAUCAAAAGGAAAAAUUAUUUGUCAAAGGGGUUUCCUUUAUUAAUUCCCUCUCUUUGAGAGUGCCAAAAUAACGCAAGGGGAUUCUUUUUUAAACUAAAAAAUAUCAAUUGGAAAUUAAAAUUUAUUUAUUUUUAGAAUGCAAGCUAUUUAAAAUCAACUAGAAAUUUCAUUUUAUAUCUAAAUAUUUUCUAGAAAUAAUUUUUUCUCAAAAAUAGCGAUUUUUAUUCUCACUCACAUGGAAGUAAGAACACUACAAAUUUUGGUGAAUAAAAGAUUUAAAUUUUCGAUUGGAAAGCUUGCCCAGCCACGAUUCCAAAUAAGAAGAAGAUGGGAAGAUCCACAGAUUGCAGAAUCAUAUAAAAAACGAGCUUUAAAUACAGCUGGAGCUUUGAUGGAGUCAAUGAUAAGAAGGAAAAUGAGAAUUGAGCAAAUUGAGAGUAUUAGAUCUCUCUCUAUUUCGUUCACCCUAUGGAAGAAACGAACUACCAUUUCUUUAGCUGUUCCUUCAUUUAUAAAGAAAAGACAAACUAGACAAUGAAGCUUGGCACUUAUUAAAAAUAGCCUGCAAGCUGUAAUAUACCGAAAUAAGCUUCAAUCAUUUAGAGCUAUUAGAACCAAAACGCUAAUAAGAAAGGAAUACAAAGGAUUCGAAAUAGACAAAGCAAUCAUCAAAAACCAAGCCAUGAUCAACGCUCAGCUUGAAAAGCAGUUAGAGGCAAAAAUCGAAGAAUCACACAAAACCAAACGAUCAGAAAAAGUAAAAUGCUUGAACUUUAUUUUUAAAACCCAUUUAAGAGAAGUGUUAUAUAAAUGAGCCAGUAUUGUGGGCAGUGAAAAAAAUAAUGGUUUUGACGUUGGCGUAAAAUUUAUAUAGGAAAUUUUUGAGUAUUUAAGUUAUCUCGAAGAGCAGGCCCAGGCUACUCAAGAUGUGGAAAUAGAUGAAGAAAUGAGUGAACUAAGAGCAAUGCUUGAAAGAAAGUCCGUGGACCAGGGAUUCGAAGGUAUGGAAUCUGAGCAGGAUCAAGAUUAUAAGUUCAAAAGUGUUUAG